AGCCGCAGAGUGAGUCGCGUCCCGGAAGCGGCGAUGGCGGCGGCGUAGGCGGAGGAGAUUUUUGGACCUGUGAUUUCCGAACGGCCCAGGGAGGAGGAGCGGUGUUCGUCUGGGGCUGGCCUGAGGAAACACUCUGGGGCCCAGUGCCUCUCCCUCUGCUUCUGCCCGACCCUGCUCCUUCCCUCACGGAGCCAGUGGCCAGGAUGCAGACAUCAGAACGUGAGGGGUGUGGGCCGGAGGUGAGCCCCAGCGUAAUGCCCGAGGCUCCCCUGGAGUCUCCACCUUUUCCUACCAAAUCCCCAGCAUUUGAUCUUUUCGACUUGGUUCUCUCCUACAAGAGGCUGGAGAUCUACCUGGAACCCCUGAAGGAUGCAGGUGAUGGUGUUCGAUACUUGCUCAGGUGGCAGAUGCCUUUGUGUUCCUUGCUGACCUGCCUGGGCCUCAACAUCUUGUUCCUCACUUUGAAUGAGGGUGCAUGGUACUCAGUAGGUGCCCUGAUGAUUUCAGUGCCCGCCCUGCUGGGCUACCUUCAGGAGGUUUGCCGGGCACGGCUGCCCGAGUCCGAGCUGAUGCGGAGGAAGUAUCAUAGCGUGAGGCAGGAGGACCUGCAGAGAGUGCGCCUGUCUCGCCCCGAGGCUGUGGCUGAGGUGAAGAGCUUCUUGAUCCAGCUGGAGGCCUUCCUGAGCCGCCUUUGCUGCACCUGUGAAGCCGCCUACCGCGUGCUGCACUGGGAGAACCCCGUCGUGUCCUCACAGUUCUAUGGGGCUCUUCUGGGCAUGGUCUGCAUGCUGUAUCUGCUGCCACUCUGCUGGGUCCUCGCCCUUUUAAACAGCACGCUCUUUCUGGGGAAUGUGGAGUUCUUCCGAGUUGUGUCUGAGUAUAGGGCAUCUCUGCAGCGGCGGAUGAACCCCAAGCAGGAAGAGCAUGCCUUUGAGAGCCCUCCACCACCAGAUUUUGGGGGGAAGGGUGAUCUGAUGGACAGCACGCCUGCCCUCACACCCACGGAGAGUCUUUCUUCCCAGGACCUCACACCGGGCAGCGUGGAGGAAGCUGAGGAGGCUGAGCCAGAUGAAGAGUUUAAAGAUGCAAUUGAGGAGACCCACUUGGUGGUGCUGGAGGAUGAUGAGGGCGCUCCGUGCCCAGCAGAGGACGAGCUGGCCCUGCAGGACAACGGGUUCCUGAGCAAGAAUGAGGUGCUGCGCAGCAAGGUGUCCCGGCUCACGGAGCGGCUCCGCAAGCGCUACCCCACCAACAACUUCGGGAACUGUACGGGCUGCUCGGCCACCUUCUCAGUGUUGAAGAAGAGGCGAAGCUGCAGUAAUUGUGGAAACAGCUUCUGCUCUCGAUGCUGCUCCUUCAAAGUGCCCAAGUCCUCCAUGGGGGCCACAGCCCCUGAAGCCCAGAGGGAGACUGUGUUUGUGUGCGCCUCGUGUAACCAGACCUUGAGCAAGUGAGAAGAGAAGCCAGGGUCCAACCAGGCACCUGCCCUUGGGGCCAGCAGUAGGCCCCAACUCCCCACCCCGGCCCCCUAUGUUUUGUGCUGGGCAAAUGUGGUCUGAAGGCUAGGUAGGCUUCCCCUUCCUUCCUUGCUCUCUCCAGCUGGCUUCUGGAGCUGUUCCUCACCCCUGAGAGUGGCUGGCAAUGGCUGCUCUCAAUCCCUUGGGGAGAGGAACCCCUGGAGUUCCUGGCAUGUUUGCCCUGCUCUGCCUGGGAUUGAGUGAACUCAGGGCUGGGCAGGCAGUAGCCACUAGAGGGCAGCAGUGAGCUAGGCCAGGUAUGAGUGGGGUCUGAUGAACAGGGUUAGUGUGGCCAUGCCUGAGAAUUCCAGACCUGAGGUUGGGAAGAGAGGUUUUUCUCCUGCAGGAUACUGGGUCAGGCCUUCAGCCUCAGAGAGCCUUCUGAAGCGCUUGGGAGUGCCACACCCCAACUCUGCUGAUUGAAUGUACCUUCAGGCACCAGGAUCUGAUCAUUUCCCCAUCAGAGGGUGUGGUCAGGGCUAACAAGACUCGGGGUGCUUCUAGAAACAGAGUUGAAGUUCCCAGUUUCUCCCAGAGAAGAAUGUGUAUGGGAGGGGUUGGCUGAGUCCUUCAGCAUUAAGCGGAAGAAAGCAUGGGGAAGCCCCAGCAGCUGGAUGGGCCACAGCCUCCCCUCGAAGAUGCCUUGAUUCACAGAAUCUCAGCCCACACAAUGCCCUAGUGUCCCCAGCUCUGCUGGGGCAGCUGCAGGACACUUGGUUCACUGCUUCUGCUCCCUCUGCCCAGAGUCUGGGGCAGCCCUCCACUGGCCCAGCGCUCCAUCUUCCUUUCCCUGCCCCUUGCCCCAUGGAGUGUGAGGUCAGGUGAGUGGAGCAGAGGUCCUGAAGUCUUUGACCCACCAGGGACCUGGGAAGUGUAGGAUCUCGCUGGGCUGGGACCUGGAUCCCAGGGCUCUUCCCUGGAGGACAGUCUCAGUUAUGGGAUAAGGCCCCUUGGGGUCUCCAUUUUCUUUCCAACGACGUCAUGUUCACUGUUGGACUCUUAUGGGCUCAGUGUCUCUCCCUUAGCCAUGAGCUGGCUCAGGCAUCCCUUCCCUUCCCUGGAGCUGCCCUGCCUUUCUGAAAUAUUUAUUUAUUUAUUGCACGGUUCCUGGGAACAUGUAACACAAGGAAUGGGAGGAGGAGGACUGUGGCGUGGGGGUGUCUCUCCUGUCUAGGAUUCUUCCCUGGAGUCAUGGGCUGCCUAGAACCCAGGACCCAUGGGUGGCUGAGAGGUUUCUACACUCAAGGAGCAGGGGUCCAAAGAGUCAGGUUUGGGAGACAAGGGACUCAUCCUAGGCCUGCUUUCUUGCCAGUCCGAGCAGUUUAGCUGGGGCUCUGCAGGCAGGGGCCUGCCCAAGUCAGUGGAGGUGUCAGAGCCCUGGGGAGCCAGUCAGGCCUUGGUAUUGCCUCUGUGCCCUGUUAAGAGAGAGAGUUCAGUACCCUUUACUGAACUUUGCUUUCUUUAUACUGGAGAGGAACUAAAAGGAUCUCUGUGUCUAAGGAGAAUUGUCAUUAAAAAGGCCUCAAGCUUCU